GCGUUAGAACCGUGUUCCGGGACGAAGGUAUUUACAAUGCAAAAGGAGGACAGUAAAGGAGACGUGGAGGCACCGGUGGAGCCGGUGGAGAAAGCGCGAGGGAACAGAGGCUCUUCCGCGUUCACACCAGUACCAUCGGCUGAAAAGUCGUCCUCGCCCAUAGAAGGUGUCUUGCACGCAGGAGGUCCUCCGGGUCCUUUGCCACCUCCGCUGUUUCGACCCUUCCUGCCUGCGAUGUUUCCUGCAGCAGCUCUCGAGCCCACCCUAUUUUGCCGAAGUCUGACAGAUUUGGCUCUCAAUCCAGCUGCUCUACCCAUGUUCUUUCAGCGCCGUCGUCGGAAGGAUGGGAGACAGCGUCGUCAACGAACGACCUUCACAAGUGAGCAAACGCUGCGACUGGAAAUGGAGUACCACCGCAAUGAGUACAUCAGUCGACCACGGCGCUUCGAGUUGGCAGAAAGCCUAGACCUGACUGAAACCCAAAUCAAGAUCUGGUUCCAGAAUAGGAGAGCCAAGGACAAACGCAUCGAGAAAGCGCAAAUGGACCAACAAUACAGAUGCCUGGCGCUUGCAAGCGGCCUGGGGUCCCUGUGCGGCAACAAUCCAACCAGUGCAGCUCACAAUACCUUACAGAGCUUCUGCGGCGCAUGCUACUACAAGCCCGGACAGAGCCCGUCUCUUCUCAGCUCUCCUGCAACUCCGCAACCCCCACAAUCCACAGCGCCGUCGGACUCAACGGCCUCCAGGUUUACAGUCUAGGAGAUAGAGCAAAACCCCUUGAAAGGACAAUCCCGAAAUGAGAGCUGCUGUAAAUAAAUGUGGCCGGCAAAUGAAAUAUGUCAGUAACGCGACCACAGUGAGAAUACUGACCAGUGAUGAAGACCGGUCAACAACGUAUCUGUUGUGGAAAGUGCAUGAAUGGAGAGCUGUACUAUUGUCGUGUCGUGUGUGCUGUCCAUACGUUCUCGUGAGUUUGCGAUGUACUUACCACUGGUCAGAAGACUAACACUGAUGGAUUUCAUUUUCUGCCUAUUCUUUGUAAUAUAGGAAAACUCAUACGAUGUUCACAUUCUCCCUUAUCAACGGGACAUGCACGUUCACAUAUAGUUAACGUUGACUUACGCAAACUCAACGCACGCUGAAUCGCAGCACCGAUCGCGCAAAAGGGAAUGAGCGACAUAAAACCUGGAGCGAAACAAACACGGACGCGGACAAAGAAAACCAAGACGACACGAGCUCCAGUAAAAACUUGUUUAUUCUGACGCAUAUAUCAGAAAGUUGGCAUAAUACGGCGAACGUUGGCGAAGAAACGACUAUGUUCAGUUUCUCAAAGGGAAUAUCAAACGAGAAAGGAAGGGUGAAGCUCUUGAACUGCUCCAGGUUUUAUAUGUAGUCAUGUACCAUCUCGCCCAUUCUGGUAUUUUAGUUAAGAAUACUCGCUCGCCACGGCCGCCGGAUCGCCGCCGUACCACACAACAAGGCUUCGCCCCUACAAUGGUGUGCAUUUAAAUUCUGAUCUCACGUUGUUGCUAAUGUUUAAUGUACACAGGUGUUGAGUCGAAUCACCGCGUUUCACAACGAAUUACAUUUAAAAAAAAAUUGUUGUCCCGUCGGGUGAUCCUGUAAAGUGGGAUGCCAGUAGAUGACAUGCAUAGAUAUGGCUUUUGUAGUGCGUGAAGCACAGUGUUUCUCAAAACAAGGUGGAUUCUGAUUUCUAGGGUUUCUAAGUAUUGUUGUUUUCAAUUAAUUAUUGAGCUCCAAUGAAAGCUAUUUGGUUGUGAAUCACGAUAACGCCAUCUCGGUAAACUACUUCAGGAAAAGUUCAAACAGUUCGCCCCGGGGAACUAUACUGCAGCAACCUCCUGCAUUCUAAUCGAAAAACGAUGAAUUUGUGAAGAUUAUCCCGUUGAUGACUCACUCCUUCGCUCAUCGUUUAUA